CCAGUGCCUUCUAGACGGCGCGCCUCUGCAGACGUGAACAUCAUUCGUGGUCGAAAGUCAUUUUCAAAAUUAUGCAAUAGUGCGCAACCCGAAAAAGUUGCAAAUAAUUCAAUACACAAAUAAAUGAGAACGCAAAAGAACUCGAAACAGAAACAGAAACAAAAAUAACAGUCCGUGGAAAAAGAACAUAAACAAUAUCUCACCUCAAAGGUGCGAAAAAAUGGCGCAUUGGUCGAGUGUGAAUAACCGGGCUGAAGGCACAACCCUAAGCAGAGUCCCGAAGCAAUUAUGAAAUUAAUAGCCAACUAAAUUGGCUAAAUGAAAAUCAUUGAACAGCAUUGAACUUAGUGAGAGCGAAAGCUAGUGGCUAGUGACAAAUUGGCGAAUUGGACGACCUUGCUGUUAGCAGAUCACUGAACUUCCCGCUGCUUCCGAUUUCGGUUUCGAUUUGGCUCUCAUGCUUUUGGCCAUGAAGCACGAGAAACUGCCCACCAUGGCUGCCCAGCACAAACAGCGAAAUCCCCAAUUAUCGGAGACCGUGCAGCGCAGUCCCAUCACCAAGGCCUUUGACUUUCUACCUUGGUCCCGGAACCGCAGCAAGGUCAACACGGCCAAAGCCCAGAGUCAGAAUCAGCAGCCUGAACAGCAGCAGACCCCAUCCGGCUCGGCGGAUAAGGCCUCGGAGGUGCACUACCAUCGAAACAUCUUUCGCAGUGGCGGCGGCCUCAUCCGGGACAUCCUGGUGGGCGAGAAGCAGCUCCAGCUAAAGGACAAGCCGCCACAAUCGCCUGUUCCUUCGCAGAAGAAGAAGAUGAAGCACAUCUCCCGGAACAAGAGCCUGGACAUCCGGGAGCUCAUCAGUUGUGUGGACCGGGAGAUAGCCCCCUUGGCCGGUGGAGCUGGGGGAGCAGUUGUGCCCCAGCCUGCCAGAUUCCUUGACGACACCUACAUCGACCAUAAGCCCAAGCACAUACUCUUCAACGAUGACGAGAACACGGUGUACAUCAUAAAGAAGGAGCAGCCGGUGGCCAAGGCGAGUCACAAGUCAUCCACCCCGGCUCCAAGCCAGAACGGCGAUGUCCUGAAGGCCCGCUUGAAGUUCAAGCGACUCCCGGGCGAUCAUUACGAGGCCUCGCCAGAGGCUCUCCGUCGGGCCCACCUACUCCACCAGCGCUCCGAGCAGCGACAUCAGCUGCAACGCCGCAAGAGUCUCAGCGACCAGCAGAGCAGCUCCAGUCUGAGCAGCGGCGGUGGCGGCACCGGCAACGGAAAUGGAAGCAUUAUGCUCGAAAGGCCAAAAACCGACAAGCCACGCAAGAAGCUAUCCUUUCGGGAGCCCAUCAUAGCCGGCGACCAAAUCUUGCCGCUAAUUUUAACCGAACAGCGGCAGGCGAGGCAGAGGCGUCGCAGCUCCCCCCUGGAACGCACCCGGGGAGGCGUGGCCGCGGCAGGCAUCGGGGACUGUGAUAAUUUAUGCAAUAAUCGCACAAAGGAUGCAAUUUCCUGCGGCUGUGCGUCAAGCGAUCCCGAGUCUCAGGCCAUGCGCAUCGUUCGCACCGUCGGACAAGCCUUUGAAGUGUGCCACAAAUUUAAUCUUCAUAAGAAUUCCCUGGAACCCAAUGACGAGCGCUCCGACAUCUCGUCCUCGGAGCUCCUGGACGUGGAGCAAGUCAGCGAGCAGCAGCUCAGCGAAGACGGCGAGCGAGGAGGUGCCGGCGACAACGAGACGCCAAAGAAAGAGCACUUGGCCAUAUCGCCCGAUUUGAAUCGCACGCAGCCGCAACGUCCGAGCCACUUGGAGCUAAUGCCGUCGCACUCGAAUCUACGCAAAUCGAACAGCCUUCUGUGCGAUGUGGAUGACAAGUCCCUAGGAUCCCCCUCUUCGCCGCGCACUGAGAUUACCCAACUGAAGGACCAGCUGGAGGCCCAGGCCCUCCAAACGCGUCAGGCCCUAGGCCAGUUGAUGUUGGUGCGGGAGCAGCUCAUCUCGGAGACCAAUGCGCGCAUUGAGGCGCAGGCGCGCACCCAGCAGUUGCUGCAGCAGAACCGGGAGCUGCUCGAGCAUUUGGCCUCCUUGGGAGCCUACAACGAGCAGCAGAGUGCCGGCCUGACAUCGGCCAAUAUUGGCAUGGCCCCCCAGCUCUCCUCGACGGCGAAAGUGGCGCGCUGGUUCCAACAACUGCCCUGGCACACCGCCUCCCUAUCCCGGCCGGAGAGCGGCUUCGUUUCCGGUGACUCCCGUUCGGAGAAGUACCAAGAGGAUCAUUUCUAUGGUGUCAGCGGCGGCGGAGGCAUCGCCGGCAAGGAGACGGAUGAUUUAUGCGACGAAUUUCUUUUGGUGGAGGGCAGUAGCACCAUUUGGACAAAGCUGAGCGCCAAAAAGCGUCGUAAAUUGCUCGGCAUGCGUCUGGGCAAAGUGACAACGUUCUGAGUUCGGCAACUUAGGACUGGCGGACUUGUCCGUCCUCGAAUUUCCGUAAUGUGUGCGUUUAUUAGCUGUUAAGUGAGUUUUUAGCAUAGCCCUAAGUAAAGCGUUUGAUAAAUAGGCCUACAGUCCUAAGACCAACCAAUAGACUAAAGGACCAAAUUAACCCCAAACCGAAACGAAAUGAAACGAAACGAAAGGACAUGCUCAUUGAGAUGCCAUGCAACAGGCACGCGAGUAGACAUAAGUCAAUUAGUGGGCAUAAAACUUGAGCUCAAUGUGUAUUUAAGUAUUAACUAAAUGAAAGUAUUUGGCCAGCACUCAUGGUGCCUUUUGGCUGGCUCCUUGUAGCCAAUUCAUUAAGCGAACAAACCACGCACAUUAAUCAUACGCCACGUAGCACCAGGUAAGCAAGCACACACACACACUCACUCUCGGCCAGAAGCCAAAAGAGCAUUUACUGCUGAACUUGACCAACUUUUCGGGUAUAAGAAAAACUGGUUAUUAAGCUUAGCAAACAACACCAAGUGGCGCAGCAGCCAAAAAAAUAAGAGAAAACAAAAAGGAAAACCCCGGAAAAGCUCCUGAAGGGAAACUGAAGCUCCUGCUUUAUGCAACCUAGGACCAAAAAAAAAACAAGAUCAAAUGUUUGUUAUUCAUAAAUUUUGUGCCAGCACCACCGUUUUUAUGCAUAAAUCGAUUCUACUUUUACGCUUGGCAGUCCCUUCCACUUAUGGCUGCCUUUAGGAUGGAGUUUUUCCUUCUUCUAUUCCGUUCGAGGGGGUAACUCUAUAAAUUUAAGUCAGCUGCUGUGGAAAAUGCAAACCAUGCUUGCGGCAUACGUGGCGUAUAAGCGAUUUACUCGAAAUUUAUGGGGAUUCGUUAGCUAUAAAAUAAGAAACGAAGGGGUUCACCAAGAAGUAAGUAAGUAAAAAGUAGAUAGGUAGAUAGGAACAAUAGUUAACCAGCAUCAAAGGUCGGAAUGUACUGCAUCUUUGAAAGGUUAAGGUAGGGUCUAGUAAAGCCAGAUAUAUAUUUUAAGGUUAGUUGAAUAUGCAGAGAGACAUCUGUGAAAUACUGUGACAAUCACCGGGAUAAAGACAAAUUUGCAAUUCAAAUUUUCAAGGGGUUUAUCUACUUAUGUAGUAUAUAGGAUCCAAAUGGGUUUCAAUCAUCAUCAAAGUGAGGGAAGUUUUUAUUGCAUUAUUUGGCAGAUUUUCCGUUUAUUGCCCGACAUCACAAUAAAAUGACGAUUAUCCUAACGAUUUUAUGACAUUCUCCAUUUAGGUACGAAAUUUUAUAGAACAUGCAUACAAAUUAAGAUACGUAAAUGGUUUUAGUUAAUUUAUGCAAACAAUUUUUUUGAGACUGAAACUGAAAUUUGUACUAAGCAUAAACCAGAAACCGCACACACGCACAUGCCCAUAAAAAAGCAAAAAGCACUUGCUUUUGAAAAAGAUAAAGUUUUUUAUAAGCUACUUAGGCACUAGCAUAACCCGUAGUUAAAUUAAUAUUAGUUGCUCUGGUUCAACGCAAUAGAAUAAAGUGAAAAUAAUAAAAAUUAAA